CACAGCCAGUCGAAUCGACACAGUCCUGGUUAUCUUCCCGCCUUCAGCUAUGGGUCUGGAUUUGGUGAAGCUCGGUUUCUUCCUUGCCGUCGUUCCUGUGGCGACCAUCCUCCUGAACGUUCUUCGUCAAUUGCUCUUUCCUACCAGAGCGCCGAAUCCACCAGAGGUUUUUCAUUGGAUUCCAAUCGUUGGAUCUGCGCUCCAAUACGGGAACGACCCCAUUAAUUUCUUCUUCAAGUGUCGAGAGAAGUACGGCGACGUCUUCACUUUCAUUUUGCUUGGCAGAAGAAUUACUGUGGCGUUGGGACCCAAAGGCAACAACUUCAUCCUUGGUGGCAAGUCGACCGUUUUCAACGCCGAGGAUGCAUACACCCACCUGAUUACGCCCGUCUUCGGCAAGGAUGUUGUGUACGAUGUCCCGAACGAAAAGUUCAUGCAGCAAAAACGAUUCAUCAAGGCUGGAAUCUCGACGGAGAACCUCCGUGCCUACGUCGGUAUGAUUGAGGAGGAGGUCGAAGAUUUCCUCGAGAAAGAUCCAUCUUUUGCUACCUACCAACAACGGAACCCAGCAAACGAGUGGGGAAGAUUCAACGCCGUUAAGACCAUGCAAGAGAUUACGAUCUUGACCGCCUCUAGGACCCUUCAAGGAAGAGAGGUUCGCUCGAGCCUGACGAAGGAAUUUGCGCAAACGUACAACGACCUAGACGGAGGCCUCACCCCGCUGAAUUUCUUGUUUCCCAAUCUGCCGCUCGAGAGUUACAGGAGGCGCGACCGUGCCCAGAAGAAGAUGAGUGACUUUUACAUCGACAUUAUCAAGAAGCGGAAGCUUGCUCAGGUCGAAGAGGUCGAGCAUGACAUGAUUGCCUCACUCUCUGAACAACGAUACCGCUCUGGCGCACCCCUCCCGGACCACGAGAUCGCCCACAUCAUGAUCGCCCUUCUGAUGGCAGGGCAGCACACAUCGUCUGCCACGAGCUCAUGGGCGCUCCUCCACCUUGCCCACAACGUCGAAGUCGCCGAAGCACUGUACAACGAACAAGUCGAACACUUUUCCAACCCAGAUGGUUCCUUCAGACCCCUCACUUAUGAUGAACUCCGUGCCCUUCCCAUCCUCGACUCUGUUAUCCGCGAGACGCUUCGAAUGCACCCGCCUAUCCACAGCAUAAUGCGAUAUGUUCGAGACGAUGUUGUCGUCCCUGGCUCCCUCGCCGCGGCUUCGGAGGAUAAAACCUACGUCAUCCCAAAAGGCAACUACGUCCUCGCCUCGCCCGUCGUCAGCCAGAUGGAUCCUCGAAUCUGGAGAAACCCUGAAAAGUGGGAACCGGCUCGAUGGAGUGACCCCAACGGCGUCGCUGCACAAGCGUACAGCACCUACGUGGAUGGAAACGGAGAGAAGAUUGAUUAUGGCUUUGGAGCUGUGAGCAAAGGUACUGAGUCGCCCUAUCAGCCUUUUGGUGCUGGAAAGCAUCGGUGUAUUGGUGAGCAGUUUGCAUACCUCCAACUCGGCACCCUUAUCGCUACUAUCAUUCGAAAGCUGGAGUUGAGGGUGGAUAAAGUUCCUGAGCACAAUUACCAUACUAUGAUCUUGAUGCCCAAAGCUCCCGAUGUUAUCUCGUAUCGCCGUCGCAAUGUAUAGAUGCUUGCGACCGACAGGAUGUCGUACGCACCCACUUACAAAGAUUGCCAAGUGGCCACAACGGUGAUGUCUGUGGCCUGGUUUAGGAUACACAUAUGUCGAGUACAUGAUCUAGGCGGUAGCCACACCCCCAAGUCCUCGCAGCAAUGUCAUAAUCCAAUUUUCGUC